AUGGACUCCAAUACAACUCCCCUUUUCGAACAGAAAGGAAACCAGAAUGGUUUUAGGACCUCGUCUUUUUAUGGCGUAACUCCAACGCUUCCCUUAUAUUCUGAUAGAUUUCAAAAAAAAGAUGGCUUAAACGAUGUGUCCGAUGAUAUCAGCGACUAUGAUAGAGAAAUGGCUGACAGUAAUGGAAGAAUGGCCGAAGACGUUGGACUUUCCUCAAGCGAAUCUGUCGCGAGAUCUUUUUCAAAUGCAUCUUUCACAACAGCCCAUUCUGAUGGUGGUGAUGCUGAGGCAGCAGCACCACCAUCUAAUAUGUUGAGGUUCCACGAGAGUGUAACCUCUUACGCCAGGCCGCAAAUGAACUGGGAAGAUGUAGACGUAACGCCAAUUGUCACCCCGUCACCAAUUUUCGACGAAAAUACGCCAAAGCUCAAUACUUAUCAAGGCGGCACGCAAGAUGGUCAUGAACCUGAUGACUUUACGUUCGUCCAAAAUUUGGGCACUACUGAUGAGUUGUGGACUGGGAAUAAAGACGAAGGGCUUGCGGAAGGCGACAACGUGAUAGUUCGAUCAAAUUCUGCUACGGAGUCUAUUCAAAAAGCGUUAAAAAACCCCUUGGAAGCCUCGAUGUCAAGAUUGAGCAUUUUGUCCUCAAAAAUCAACCCGCGCAGUGCUUCUGCAAGUCCUUCAAAAUCUUCAAAAAGGUUUUCGCCCAGCAAAGAUCAUAUGUCUCGAAUGCUGGAUCGGAACUCUAUCAUAACCGAUGAGGGAAUUGCUAACGGUAAACCCGUUGAACGAAAGAACACUAUGAAAAAAAGUUCAGAUUUGGAUUUGGACGAUGACAGUUUAGGAUAUCUAUUCAUCAUCGCUAUUCACUCUUUUAAUUCAAAUUCUCUGAAAAACAAGGAAGAUGCAGAGAUUUGCUUGUCCUUUGAAAAAAAAGAUUUUGCCUUUGUUCAUACGGUCGACGAUUCCGGGUGGGGCGAAGUAACUUUGAUCAAAAAUCAUAAGAGAGGUUGGGUUCCAUUCAAUUAUUUUUCUGACUCAAUAAAAUCGUCCAACAAUGGCGACGAAAAUGCCCUAGUUGGAUCUCAGUCAAGAAGACCGCUACUAAAAUUAUUUGCAGCGUGUGCCAAAUUUCUUUUACUCCGACAAGAUAUGCAGUUCCCACAUCCUUCCUUGACAAGUAAAGCACUUCAGCUUGUAAACCAAAUCCGUAAUGGAGUUAAAAGUCUGUUAGAAGCGACAGACUGUGUUUCAAGAUCAAAUGAACUGGUGAAAAACUGUCCGACCAUUCGCAGGACGCGUAAAAAAAUGCUGGCGGAGUGGUACAGCGUCAUGAUAAAGGCGGAUUCCUAUAAGCAUUCAAUUGAUGAUACGAAAAUGAACACUCUAGAAGGUCUUGUAUACAAUGUCCUACACCAAGGAUGCUGUUUUUUCGAUGCUUGGGCUUCGGAGGCACAAUCGAUGAAAAAUCUCAGGGCUUCAUUGGCAAAUACCAGAUAUCAAUUGGACAACGAAGAAGGCACAUCUGGUUUCGAAAUUAGUGGUUUAUCACAAAUUGAAAAAAAGUCAGAACCUGUGCCGGCUCUUUCAACUCCACCGUUUGCCUUGAGGAGGGUGACAGAAGUCCACGGGCUCCUUUUUACGUAUAGCGCCCUGCUCAUGGGAAGAUUGGAUAUGGUUGAGCACAAUCCAUCUGGAUGUGAAAUUUUGGAAACUAUUGUCCAUCAAGUUGUGAUCCUCUUGCGUGAGCUACUUUACAUCAGCAAAUGCUGCAGUAUGAUCGUUCAAACCAAGCAUCCGAACUAUCGCGGGGACAGUCUUGACCUAUGCUUAGACCCUCUACUUUCUCUGGUGUCUGAACUAGUCUCAUGUAUCAAAGUUUACGUCACCCAAAUGGUUUAUGAGGACACAGGCUUUUCUCAAAAGGUCAGUGGGCUCUCCAUAACAGACGAAGUUUUCCAGUUUAGUAAUGAGGGAGCACAUUUAAUUAAAAUUAUUUCCCAAAUGACCGUUUUGAUCGGUUCUGCGAUUUCCGGUUGUUACGAUAUACUAAAAGUGAUAGGAGACUUUCAAUUGGGGAAGGACCGCACUUAUCGAGACUUCGAUCUGAUUAAAGUGACACCAGAACUCUUUAUAAGGAAAUGCUCAAUAGGGUUGUGGAAAGGGAUUUCCUAUAGCAAAUCGGAGCGUAAAAACGUCAAGAGACACGCCGAAAACCGGCUCUCACGUUUCUCCACUAUAAGGGCUGGAGAAGACGGCAUGGGUAUUUCAGCAUCGGGAUCUCAAUUUCUUCAGGAAUUUUUACCAGAAUCGGGUUCAUUUCUUGAAGACGCCUCUUUCGACAAGUUUCGAUUUGAUGCUGAAGCAGGUACUGCCGCAUUCGAGCAUGACGCUAUCAACGAUCGAGAGAGAAUGUCUUCUGAGCUAUUCUUCGAAAAUGGUUCGGUCAAAGGUGCUUCUUUUAGAGCGCUAGUUUUCAUGUUAACCGACGAGCUUAACAAACCAAGCGAAUUUCUGGUUGCAACCUUUCUGCUGACCCGCGCGGCCUACUCUACAAGUACGGAGUUGAUGGAGGAGCUAAUUGUGAGAUUUGACACGUUUGACAAAUCAUCCAUGACUGAAAACAAAGAACGAAAUGGUCAGUUCUCCUCCAGAUCGUCUAGGAUCAGAACCAGAAGACGCCUUAUUUGCAAACUUAUCCAAACAUGGCUGGAAGGCUUUUGGGAUUUUAGAAAUGAUAAGAACUUAUUACCGGCACUCAUCAAUUUUUUCAAUGAAGCUGUUUCCACGCAUUUACCAUUGGAAUCGAGAUCUCUUAUUGGACUCGCAGCGAAAAUUAACAUCGCAGCGUACACCAUGUCUGAAACUAAAAUGCCAAAGCAGCUAUCUGAACGCAGCAUUACGGGAGCAAAGACCAACACGUUAAUUUCAGUAGCUUCUUCCCUGAAGAGCAACAGAUCUAGCAUUUUGUCAGUUGACGAGGAGUUCAUCGACAAAUACGAGCUCACAAAAUUGCCUUCAGCUAAUACAAGUUCAAUUUCUUUACCACUUCCCCUCUUGCAUUUAGGAACGUCAUCACUGAUCACUAAAAGAAACCUCGCAGAUAUGGAGAGAUUGGUAAUGGCUUUUCGCAAGUCAAUGACAGAUCAAAUCACCGGAUUGGAUGCAUUUGACGGGGCGAAUUGGACUUUGAAACAAAUGGUAUCGAGAUGGCGUGGUCUUUUCAAAUUCAAAGUUUCUGCCAAUUUGAUCCACAAUGAUGUUCGAUUCAUCGAAUUCAAUCCUUUUGAGGUAGCGAAGCAACUUACAUUAAUAGAGUCAUUUCUCUUCCUGUCGGUAGGAAUUCACGACCUUUUGGACGCAGGGCGCUCUUCUAGCAAAUAUCAGAGAAGUGCUUCUCCUAAUGUUGAGAUACUGGUUGAUUUCACUAAUCUUUUCUGUGACUACGUCAAGGAGUCCAUUUUAAUGCCAGGUUUGACAAUGAAAAAUCGAAUUAAAACUCUCAAAGCAUGGCUCAAUGUCGCAUUGUCAGCAAUGUACUUUAGAAAUUACAACACUUUUGCCUCGAUUUUAUCAGCCUUACAAUCUCAUGCUAUAAGCAGACUGAGUAACUUGUGGGAACUGCUGGACAAAAAAUUCGUUGAUCUUUAUGAGCAGUUGUCAGCAGUCAUAACGCCUGAAAAAAACUAUAAAACCUAUCGCAAGAAAUUGCAGCAUCUAACGAUGAAUUUCUCGGAAGAAGGAGGGCUCAACAAGGCCCUUGUGCCUUGUGUCCCGUUUUUUGCAUUAUUCAUGCAUGAUAUGACAAUUUUCAAAGAAGGCAGCAGUAGCUACCGAAACCCAAGUUCCUUCCGACCAAACAAAAUCAUAAAUGUUGAAAAAUAUAGCAGGAUGACGAAAAUUGUGGCAUUGAUUCAAUUUUUGCAGGUACCAUACUAUGCGGGCGAGAGCCCUGAGCAUGAGACAAAACGUGACUCCAUCUUCAACAUCUCAACGUCUAUGGACGUGGAUUCUACGAAUAUAAAGGCAUUGCCUCUAUUACAGGAAUUUAUUCUCUAUGAGCUAUGGCGGGUCCAUACUCUCUAUCGUGAUGAUCGUGAGAGAUCCCACAAUUUGAGCUCCCAAUUGCUACCCAAAGAACGAUAG